UACGUUUUCGGAAAAUAUUCGGUGAACGCAUCAUCAGCCUGUUACAUGGAUUAAAUAUUAAAUCAUACAACAGAACAGCUGUAUUAUAACAGAAUUAUCUGAUUCAGAAUAAUUUGCACCAAGUUCACGUGGGAGGAAAAAGAAGGUCACUAGGUCGUGGUGGUUCUUUAAGUAUAAUUAUUUUAGAAUAUCUACCACCAUCAAAUAUGUCAAGAACAAUAAAAGAACUCAUAACGGAGGAAUUCUUGACAUGUAACAUUUGCAUGGAUGAAUUUCAAAAUCCAAAAAUACUCAAAUGCCUGCAUACCUUUUGUGAAACAUGUAUACUGUCAACCAUUCGUCAUCAAAGACUGAACUCGUCGUCGGGUGAUAUUUCAUGUCCUGUUUGUCGGACAAGAAUCGAAACAAAUUCGUGUGAUAAGUUGAAUCUUCAAACAAAUUACCCUGUCCAGAAUUUAUUAGAGAUGAUACAGAGCUCAACACACAGCGAAAGUUUUAUAGAAUUAUACAGAGUAAAAGCCGGACUUAAUCUUGAUAGGGCACAAGCUGUAGCUAUUUCGGAGAAGAGCCGUUGUGCUUAUCUUCAAAGAAACGUAGACGAUCUUCAAAAUGCUGUUAUUGGCUUAAGAAAGGAGCUAAUUGAGUACAAGAAACAGUUGACAAUUGAGAAGGAUGUAACUGCAAAACUCAAGGAACAGCUGGUUGAAAGGAACCAAACAAUUGAUAAUUUACGCAAACAUGCCGAGGACACAGAAAACCAGUUCUCUGAACUGAAGGUACAGAAAGACAACCAGGAAAAAGUCGUCGAUAAUCUGAACAAAUCAUCAUGGAUGACGAAUUGGUGCAUAAGAUAUAUCGGCAAAUGUUUGUUGAGCAUUUGUCAGGCGAGUGUUAGCUGGCUGCCAAAAUGGUUUCAAAGAAAGCGGGAAGAAAACAAGAGAAUCUAAAUUUGCAAUAGUUUCGGAGAUGCAGGCAUCAGUGUUGUGACGAAGGAUAUUAUCCAUCGACAAGACCAUAUAUGCUUUAAUCAUCAUACAAUCAAGCUAGAAAUUAUAAAAAAAAAGGAUGGUGAUGAUAACUCUUUGACGGAGUUUACACAAAUGACAGCAAGCAAGCUUGAUAUCACUUACACAGAUACAUGUUUUCUGGAAGUAAUUGACAACUUCACUACAUAUAUCAAGGCGGAUGGUGAACAGAUUCAGACAUCUUGUCAGUCAAUCCGUAUGGAUCAUUGUCUCUAAGGCGAUUUGAUCAUUGUCUCUAAGGCGAUUUAUAAUUUUGUGUCACUUUCUAUGCAUUCGCAGGUUGAUAGAUCUGUCACAGAAAUUGUUAACAACACUUCAAGGGAUAAAUUAGAAAUGAAAAAAUCCUGACUCUAUAUAACAAAAGUUUAUACUUACUGACCUUACGGUUUUCUCAAUAAAAUCUAACAGGUCAUUCUUUGUUGUAAUAGGGCACAAUACAUUCCUUUGAAUACCAAAACCCGUAUUUCACCUGCUUUUGGAUGUGUUUAAGAAAUAAUAAAUAAUUAUACAGAACAAAAUAGCUGAUAUGUAAUCACUUGCCCCUCAUCGAUGUGGGUUCGAGCCUCACUCGGGGCGUUGAAUUCUUCAUGUGAGGAAGUCAUCCUGUUGGCUUACGGAAGGUCGGUGGUUCUACCCAGGUGCCCGCUCGUGAUGAAAUAAUGCACGGAGGGGCACCUGGGGGUCUUCCUCCACCAUUAAAUCUGGAAAGUCGCCAUAUGACCUAUCAUGUGUCGGCGCGACGUUAAAUGAAAAAAAAAAUUAAGUUGUUAUCGUGCAUACAGAUCUAAAUGUGUGCUUAAUUUGAAAAUAGUACUUCCUGUUCUUUUCAAAACGGUUGUAAAAUAGCAAAUGAUAGGCUUACACAUAUUAGUUAUUCUAUAUAUUGUCAUUAUGAUUUUGUUGUUACGUUGACAAAAUUGAUUGUGUAUAAAUAAUACUCAUUUUGGUACAUAUUAGUUAUAUUUAUUUACUUACACAUACAUGUAUUUAAAUAGUCUGCAGUGUAUAAGCUUCAAGUAAAUUUAUUCAUAUUCACUUUUUAAAUGAAUUCAUACUUUUUAUUCCUUAUAUUAUUCGUCUGGAAGAAAAUGCCUAGACCAUUUUGUUCCGCACAUGUGAAACAAAACUGAAUUAAUUGAUAAAUGGACUUUAAAUACAAGUGCAGUUUAAAAAUAAUGCAGAGUGCAUCAGAUUCUUUACUUGUAAUCUUGUCAUUACUUUAAUCUUUCUAUUCACCAUUUUUUAGAAACAAUCUAAUUGAUUUUGGCCUGUAAUUUAUUCCAAAACCAUACAAUAGUGUGCGUGCAUUUAUAUGCAAAGUUUCAUUGCAUUUGCGUCAAAGCAGAAUAUUGAUUGAUUAUGUUACAGCAAUGUUUUCCUUUGCAUUUCAUAUAUGAAACGAUGCAUGUUAAGUCAAAUAAUGCUUUAAACAAUACUUGCUUUUUCAGGUAUAGCGUAAUGCACUGAGUCAUCUUUUGAACAAAUAUAUAUCUUGUAGAUAUACUCUUGUUUCUAUUUUUUUAUUUAGUUUUGUAUUCACACAACCUUCUUUAGCAAUGCAGUUGCCGACAACUGUCCCUAGAUGCACUUUUUAAAAGGUCAAAAGUCAGCCCAGUUAUACAUUUCUAUUGCCUAGGGAUGAUGAAUGUGUCUUUACUACAAAUUUGUAAACAAUGCUUUUCUUUUAUCUUCCAAGAAAUAAGAGCCCAAUCGCAGUAAAGACUGACCAAAGCCAACAGAAACAAGCAUCAACAGCAUACAAAUUACUCCUAGCCUCGUCUAUCUAAAAUACACUUGUGAUUCCAAUUCUUGUCAUAACAUCCUCUUUAAUAACACGGUCUGUGAGUAUUUGUAAGAGAGGUCUUCAGUAAAUUCGCGGAAAAUUGUUCACAUUUUUAAACAAGUGAAUGAAGUAAAUGCAAUGCAAUACAAAGUCCCAUACUGGAAGGCACCUAAUUUUCUCUACUGCACUAUAACAUAAUAGACAGAUAUCUGUCAAUGAUGUAUAAACAAUCUUGUACUAUAUAUACAAUAUGUUAUUAAUAAUAAAACACUAAAAAUAUGUAUAUAUAAAACCUACAGUUGGUUUUAUAUGGCAUUUUUGGCCGAUCAUCAAAAAAGUAUUAUAUAAGUUAUUCAUAGUAACAACAAAGAGAAAUAAAUCCUAAAAAAAUCUAUAUAAUGUUAGUCCACUAGAAAAUCUUUUCCAAGUAGAGAUAGGUAAAAAAACACCUAAAACUGGAUAUAACAUGAAUGUUGUAAUACAGAAAACUGGUUUCAAUUUUCCAUACGGUCAGUUAUAAAUAAGUUACAAUAUAAUCUAUUUAAAGUAUCAACAAAGGGAAGUAAUCUAAUAAAACAAGGAUACCUCCUCAUGGUAGUAUGAACAUUUGAGCCAACUAACAUCAAAAUCCCUCCACGCAUGAAGAGGAAAUGCUCCGGACAAAGCCAUUCUUGAAUUCGAUUUUUGAACUUGACCUAGACUAAGGAACCUGGUUUUUGCGCAUAACAAUCCGUUUCAUGGUAUUGAACAUUUAUGUCAAAUUACAUCAAAAUACCUUCCUGCAUGAAGAAGAAAUGUACCGGACAAAGUCAUUCUUGUAUCUGACCUUUGGACUCUAUGUGUGACCUUGAUCUUAGACCUAGGGACCGGAAUUUUGCGCACGACACUCCGUCUUAUGGUGGUGAACAUUUGUGCCAAAUAAUAUUAAAAUCCCUUUUAGGAUUCCUGAGUUACAGACUGGACAGGAAAAAAGCCCUUUUGGCCUUUGACUUCCGAGUGUGACCUUAACCUUGCAGCUAAGGGUCCGGAUUUUACGCAUGACACAUUGUCUCAUCCAGGAAAAUAUUUGUGCCAAGUAAUAUUGAAAUGCAAUUUUGCAUGACAAAAGUUAUAGACUGGACAGGAAAAAAGUCCCAUUGACCUUUGAUCUCAAAGUGUGCCUUGACCUUUAAACUAGGGUUCUGGGUGUUGCGCAUGACACGUCGUCUCAUCAUAGGGAACAUUUAUGCCCUUGAUGGAUGACAGAGUUAUGGACAGGACAGGAAAAAGAACCUUUUGAUAUUUGACCUGCAAUUGUGCCCUUGACAUUUAAGCUAGGGGUACGGGGUUUGCGCAUAACACGUCGUCUCAUCAUGGAAAUAUUUAUGCCAAGUAAUAUUAAAAUCUCUUCAUAAAUGGCAGAGUUAUGGACCGGGCAGGAAAAAGCCCUGUUGACAUUUGACCUGCAGUUGUAACCUUGACCUUUGAGCCAAGAUGUUGUCUCAUCAUGGGAAAUAUUUGUGUCAAGUGAUAUCAAAAUUCCUUCAUGAAUUUCAGAGUUAUGACACAUUAUUAUGAGGUAUAUUUGAUCUAAGUUAUAUUAAAAUCCCUUCCUGGAUGGCAGAGUUAUGGACCAGACAGGAAAAAAAGAGCACUUUUGACCUUUGACAUCCAAUUGUGAGCAAGAUGUCUUUAAUGACAAGAAUAUUAUUUCAAAUUUUACUAAUAAUUUUGUUGAAAAUGAUAACGUAAUCAGUAAAUAAAUAACGUUAAUGUUUAUGUUAAUAUGAAAUCCGUUAACAAUUUAAGUAUUCAUAUUUUGUAUGUUUAUAUGUUUAGUUUUAUCAUACUAUAUGCUUUCAACAAAACAGGAACGGAAAUAAAGGUAUUUAAGCACUAUUCCAGGUAUUUUUUAACUCCCA